AUGGAGAUCGACCCGGAGGAUGAAGCCUUUUUGAGGCGUUUCGAGACCCUGCCCAAGUCUCGUCGCCAAGCCAUGUACAUUGUCACCCUGCCACCCAAGGAAAGUAUCUGUGCUAAGACAACUUACAGUUACCGCGGCCUUCUGGAGCGACUACGACUAGACGAAUGGCGAGAAGUCAAGGCACAUGCUGAGGUUCACACUCUUCAGUGUGAUAUCCUAGGCAAGCUGCCGCCGGAAAUCACUUCUCUUGUGGCACGGCACUUGCCGCUAAUUGACAUAAUUCGCCUUCGAAGAGUCUCCAGACGUUGGCAGUCCAUCCUCUCAUCACAAUCCGUGUGUCGUGCUGCCGUGCGGAAAACGUUGGGGAGAGACCCCUGGGUGAAUUCUAUUCCCAUUCCGAAUACCCAGGGCUCUGCGAGUACCACUGACUCAAGUCAUGACUUCGACGCCUCUUUUGCCAGCUUUGUCAAAAGACGAUACCGCCUAGAGCGGGGAAAACCACACAAAGUCUUCACAAUGCGCAGCCCAGUGGCAUUUGAAGAUGACGACCGCUUUAUUCCCGAUUCCAAGGUAAUCAGCUAUUCCAACGGCAUAUGUACCUGGAUUGGUCAAGACGAAGAUAAAUCCUCUGUGAUCGCCCUGAACCUCUCGACUGGCGAAAAGAAAAGGUUCACUACUCCCAAUAGAGAAGGACUUUUGUAUCUCCAAAUUUCGGGGUCUACAAUCGCCGCGCUCUCGCUUCGAGGCUACUGCCAUGUGUGGAACUAUGACGAUAUAUCUCAAUUUUCAUCUUUCAGGGUUCCAUCGUUGAGAUGCAACCUUAUCCUAAUAAAUGGAAAACAUAUUGUCCUGGAAUAUCGCAAUUAUCUUGUCCACUGGAGCUGGGAUACAAGGAUCGCCCGGACAAUCGCUACCGGAGACUCAGUCAUAACUGUAGCUCCCCAUCCCUCAGAGGACCAGAUUACCAUGAUCCAUUGUUGUCUAGACGAGGAGCGCCAUUCGGGGCCGGAGAGAACUCUCGGCGAAGAUGGAGAUGAAGUCCUAACCUCUAACAAAAUGCCGACGCACCAUUUACAAACGAUAAAAUACACAUUAAACGAUGAGAACGAAUGGUACGCAUCCUCUUCUCACCCCGCAUCGAUUUCAAUGGACUUUUCCCCCAUGAGCUGGCAAUGGGGCGCUUGGCAGGGGAGAAGGAAGGAGAUACAACCCGGUCAGAGUAGCAUAUUUGGCCAGAUGGAAAAUACAUAUGAGGAAGAUGAAGAGGGCCAAAUGCAUACAAUUCCGGUCUAUCUCUCGGUCGAACCGAACGGCUUAGCCGCCAUGCACACAUUUCCCCGCGAGCUUGACAAUGGCACCCAAUUCGUCUAUCCCGAGGAAGGUAUUAUCUAUAUCUCUAUUGUGAGUGAGGGUGAUUGGGAAUACCAGCGGUAUGGGAUUGCGAAAUCCACGGACGUGACAGGCCCUUCGGAUACAUACGUCUCGCUGGACUACUCGGUCCAGCGUGUGCAAGGUGUGAAGGAGCCGCUGCGCAUUUUCGGGGACACCAAGUUUCUGGUGUUUCUAGGGAAGAACACGAUGGAUAUCUGGGUUAUGGAUGAGAAUGCUAUGGACGAGAAAGUCAUGGAAGAGAUGAGAACUGCGGGAUUACCCAAGUUGGUCACAGUCGAGACGGUUUGA